GGUCACCGAGUUCCCUCAAUCUAAAGAUGGCGGCUUCGGCUGCGAGGGGAGCUAUGGCUCUGCGGGCGAGUGCUGUCCGGCCAGUAGCUUUUGUCAGAAGAAUUCCCUGGACAGCCGCUUCGAGUGAGCUGAGAGAACACUUUGCACAAUUUGGCCAUGUACGAAAGUGCACUGUACCUUUUGACAGAGAGACUGGCUUUCACAGAGGACUGGGUUGGAUCCAAUUUUCUUCAGAAGAAGAACUUCAGAAUGCACUACAGCAGGACAGUCAUGUUAUUGAUGGAGUAAAGGUCCACGUUCAAGCUCAGAAACGAAAAGUUUUGCAAGGGGAUCAGACAUCUGAUGAAGAGAAAGAUUUUUGAGACUAUUACUGCCUAUCAAAUAAUGGAACAAAGCUGAAAA